GCCUUCAUCGAAGUUUCCAUUGUGCGCCAAAAUUGUUGAUUUUUGUGUUGGUUUCCAAUGAGUCUUAUUUUUGACGAGUAUGGCAGGCCGUAUAUUAUACUUCAAGAACAAGAAAGAAAGACACGAAUAAAGGGAUUAGAUGCCAUUCGUUCUAAUAUUACUGCGGCAAGAACACUCGCACGCACGCUCACUACCUCACUUGGACCUAAAGGAAUGGACAAAAUGCUACAAAGCCAAGACGGAGAUGUUACAGUAACUAAUGAUGGUGCAACUAUUCUCAAGGAAAUGGACGUUGAAAACCAAGUAGCGAAGUUGAUGGUAGAGUUGGCACAGAGUCAAGAUGACGAAAUUGGCGAUGGAACUACUGGUGUUGUAGUUUUAGCAGGUGCGCUUCUUGAACAGGCCUUGAUCUUACUAGACAGAGGAAUCCAUCCAACAAAAAUUUCCGAAGGUUUUGACAAAGCUUGUGAAGUUUGUUUAGAUAAACUUGAGCAAAUCUCACAAAAAAUAGAGUUUAAUGAAAAUUCAUAUGAUGAUUUGGUGAAAGCUGCUAUGACUACGAUGAGUUCCAAGGUGGUCAACCGGUAUUCGCAACAGCUUGCGGAGAUAUGCAUAAAAGCUAUAUUUUCUGUUGCAGAUUUUGAAAGGAAGGACAUCAACUUAGAUCUGAUCAAAGUUGAAGGUAAAGUGGGUGGCACGUUGGAAGACUCGGUAUUGGUCAAUGGAAUUGUUUUAGAUAAAGAUGUCAGUCAUCCGCAAAUGCCAAAAGCAGUGGACAACGCCAAGAUUUGUAUUUUGACUUGUCCUUUUGAGCCUCCAAAGCCAAAAACCAAGCACAAGUUGGAUAUUGAUUCUGUAGAAAAAUACAGAGAUUUACAAAAGGCUGAACAAGAGUAUUUCAGAGAUAUGGUUCAGCGAGUAAAAGAUUCAGGUGCCAAUGUAGUUCUAUGUCAAUGGGGCUUUGAUGAUGAAGCCAAUCAUUUGCUGUAUCAGAAUGGACUUUUGGCCGUACGAUGGGUUGGAGGAGUAGAGAUUGAGCUAGUCGCUAUGGCCACUCAUGGUAGAAUUAUUCCAAGAUUUUCGGAAAUCUCAGAAAAGAAACUGGGUAGGGCUGGUAAAGUUCGAGAAGUAUCUUUAGGUACCACACAUGACCACGUCAUUUUUAUUGAAGAUUGUGCAAACAGCAAAGCCGUUACCAUUUUUCUUCGUGGUGGUAGUAAAAUGGCAGUAGAUGAAGCCAAACGUAGUGUGCAUGAUGCUUUAUGUCAGGUCCGUAAUCUGAUCAGAGACCAACGUAUUGUUUAUGGAGGGGGCUCUUCGGAAAUUGCUUGUAGUCUUGCUGUUUCUGAGUUUGCAGACAAAGUUUCUGGUGUGGAGCAGUAUGCAAUUCGUUGCUUUGCUGAUGCUCUUGAUGCCAUUCCAUCGGCCCUGGCGGACAAUUCAGGAUUAUCGUCGCUUGAGACUUUAGGAGCUUUGAAAGCGGCACAAACAAAACAAAACAACUCCCGCCUUGGUGUCGACUGUUUAGGUCUGGGAACUUUGGAUAUGAAAGAACAGAAUGUCUAUGAAACUCUGCUAAGCAAGAAACAACAGAUACAGCUCGCUACACAACUCGUUAAGAUGAUUCUGAAGAUUGACGAUGUCAUUGGGCCUACUGAUGCGUUGACUUAAGUUUCUUUAAGAACCGAGUUUUGCAUUUUGUUAUCGUCUCAUUUGUUCCUUGAUCCGUAUAAAUCCUUCGUUUUUAUA